AUGCUCAAACCACUGGACCUAUGCCUGGCCACCCACUUCACUUUCAACAGCCGACCAUAUGAACAAAUCAACAGGACCCCCAUGGGAUCGCCUGUCUCCAGACUCAUAGCAGAGGCAAUUGUCAUGCAUCCCUUCGGCACAGUCUUUUUCAUCACUUUGCUGGGAGCUGUGGUGGCUCAGAGCAGGCCCGACUCAAGAGCAAUAUCUUGGAAUUCCAAGCCAAAUAGAAGGACUCCAAAUCUGAAUAGAGCAUCAGCACAACCUGUCGUUAAUGAAGACCCACGGCAUGUUAACCGUACUGCUUCAGAACACAGCAGUAAUAAUCUAGUGUCUCAUGUCAGGACUCUAGCUCAGAGCCUCUACCAGUGCUCAAAAUCAGCUUCUCCUGGUGAGAUGAAACUCACUUUCCUGAGGAACACAGCAGUGACAUGCAAUGAUGGAACGCCAGCUGGAUUUUACAUACGGGAGUCCAGGGGGAGCAAGUGAUGGUUAAUAUUUUUAGAAGGUGGCUGGUAUUGUUAUAAUAAGGAAAGCUGUGAUGCAAGAUACAGGACUUCACCUUGGCUGAUGAGCUCAGCUGAGUGGCCACUAACCCCGAAAGGUUCUGGGAUUCUGUCAGCUGAACCUGAGGAGAACCCACACUGGUGGAAUGCUAACACAGUGUUUGUACCUUAUUGUUCAAGUGAUGUAUGGAGUGGAAUUGCACCAAAAACCCACCAAGCCGAUUAUGCGUUUAUGGGCUCAUUAAUUCUCAGGGAGGUGAUUAAAGAUUUAGUUCCAAGAUAUAUUAAAUUGGCUAAGGUUGUCCUGCUUGCUGGAACCAGUGCUGGUGGAACUGGAGUGCUGCUGAACAUUGAGCGAAUGGCCAAUCUCCUACAGCAAUUGGGUGCUGAUGUUCAGGUCCGGGGCUUGGUUGAUUCUGGUUGGUUCCUGGACAAUAAACAACAGAGACAGACUGAAUGCUCAGGUGUGACCAGCUGCAGUCCAAACCACCUCAUUAAAAAGGGACUCAGAAUGUGGAACAGUGCUAUUCCAGAGAGAUGCAGGCAGCACUAUAGACGAGGAGAAGAGUGGCAAUGCUUCUUUGGCUACAGGAUGUAUUCAUUCUUAAAAUCUCCUGUGUUUGUGACCCAGUGGCUGUUUGAUGAAGAGCAGUUGAAAAUGGAGAAUAUUCAACUGGCAAGUCACUCUCUUACGGAAAGCCAAUGGAAUUAUACCCAGAACCUGGGCAGAGACCUGAGAAACUCACUGCGGGGCGUUGUAGCGGUUUUUGCCCCAGCAUGUCUUGCACACACCAUGAUCUCAAAAAGCAACUGGCUGGACUUCCAGGUGAGAGGAGCUUCCUUGAAUACAGCUUUACAGUGCUGGGACCGCAGUCUGCAAGACAACAAGUACUCAAGGACCCCGACCAGAAACUGCUCCUUUCACUUCAUCGAUCAGUGCCAGUUACCGCAUUGUAACCCCACCUGCCCAGCUCUUCAUGAUCAUGUCACAGGUCAACAGGUAAACAUGAUUCAGCUGCUGAUGGACAUGGGCUUUGAUAUUCAGAGAAUAGCACAGCAGCUUGGAAUGGAACCCAGUCAUCUGCUGGGAAUGCUCAAUAAUGGAGGCUAAAGUCUUAAAACUACCCCAAUUGUUUUCCUCCAUGUGACAAU